AUGCAGCACUGCUGCAAUUUUUGCCUGAAAGGCAAUUUCCAAACUACAGGAGCCGUUGGCAUUCACAUCAGCAGAACUAGAGCCUGUAAGGAACACAUGGACUGGCUGUGCAACCACGAGCAAGCCUCACAAGAGACCACACAAGCCACACCCAACAAUGACCACGAGGUGGACAUUGACGGGGACGUACCUUGGGAGUUUGAUGGCCAGGGGGAUGGCAUACAGGAAGGGCUAAGAUCCGCGAUGCCAGAUCAACAUUGCGGUCUGGAUCCAUGGGCACCAUUUGCAGAUGCAGAGGAAUGGGGACUUGUCAAAUGGUUGGUAUCACGGGUGGGCCAAAACGCAAUAGAUGAGUUCAUGAAACUGCCAAUUAUGAGCUGCCUUAAAAUGUCUUUCACAAGCAAGUACAGUCUGAUGAAGGCAAUAGAUCAGCUUCCCCGUGGCACAGAAUGGCAGUUGAAGAGAAUAAGUAUGUGGGACCUGGUAGAGUGCAUCCGCGAACUCAUGGGAAAUCCAGAGUUCGAUCACAUGGUGUCCUAUGCACCAGAGAGGGUGUUUUCAGAUGCGGAGGGCAAGACCAGGUGGUUUGAUGAGAUGUGGACAGGUGACUGGUGGUGGGAGAUGCAGUUAAGUGCCAGUGGAAGAUUGCCCCAAGGGGCCGUUGUCGCUUCAACUUCACUGUCGCAGUUCCAGGGAGACCAGGAGGUUUGGCCUGUGUACCUGAGCCUCAGAAACAUCUCAAAAAAUGUCCAAUUCCUCAUCACAUACUUACCAAUUUUGAAGCUAGAAUGCUUCAUGCAUGACACGAGGUCUGUUGAAUGUUAUUGGCUCUUCCACUAUUGCAUGUCGCUGGUCCUGGAGCCAUUGGUUAGCAUAGAUCAUCAAGUACGACGCCUGUAUCCUAUUGUGGCAGCGUACAUCGCUGAUUUUCCAGAGCAGUGCCUGGUGGCAUGCUGCAUGGAAAACUGGUGCCUGAAGUGUGUACUGCACAAAGGAGUUUUUAAGGAUCACAUUGUCAGCUGGUGCGCUAAUAUCAUAGGCGAGGAAGAACUUGACACACGGUUCAAGGAGAUGACAUCAUAUUCAGGACUCCGACACUUCAAAAAAGGCAUAUCCAAGUGCAAACAAUGGACGGGGGCAGAUUAUUGCGAGUUGCAGCAUGUCUUUCUUGGUGUGAUUGCUGGCACAGUUGACAACAAAGUUCUGACGGCAGUGUGUGGCAUCUUAGAUUUCAUUUACUAUGCACAGUAUCAGGUAUGUGAACACUUCAAUAUUCCGAAGAUUCACUCGAUGAUCCAUUACAUCAAUGCCAUUCGCUUUCUUGGCACUGCGGACGAGUCCAUCCACAUUCAAGAUGCCUACAUUCGCUGGUGGGUAUCCCAUCACCCCGUCAAUCAAGAGUGGCAAGACUCAGAUGCCAGUCACUCUGAUUCGGAUUUGGAUGGUGCAGGACCUGGACUAUUUGAGAACCAUGUUGACUUACCCUCUCAGGUCCAAUGGUUCACAAUGGUGACAGGUUCCCAUGGCUACUUCAUCCCUAGGAUAUGUCCGUUUCCGAAUUCAACAAUCCAGCGCUUACUUACCGACCACAAUGCAUCCCUUGCUCUUGAAGAAUUCCUUCAGAUACAUGUUCCAAGCUGGUCAUGCCAAAAGCUCACACCGCAAGAUCGGGUGGAUUGUUUGUUCAAAGUUCAUGCAUCACCAGUGAUUCCUGCAUCAGACGUGAGGAGGCCACCAGCACCUGCACACUUCAACAGUGUGUUGGUGAUUGAAGAUGGGAAUGAGUACACCGGUGAAGGUAUAUCCGGUCUGCAAGUGGGUGAAGUACAAGUCGUUUUCAAGCUUCCAUUACAUCUCAGGAAUUUUCCACACCCGCUGGCUUAUAUUCACUACUUCCACCUCAGCAAGUCUUCAUGUCAGCGUGGUCCUAACGCACUGGUGGUACCGGUCCAUCAAGUUCUUCGCCCGUGCCAUCUUAUUCCUCGUGUUGGUCGAGAGUCAGAUGUGUAA